GGUCGAGUUGACAAAUAAAAUGACAAGUAAUAAUUUUUAAGGUUAUUAUAAAUGUCAAAUCUAUAAAAAAUAGCAUUAUUACGCAUAGAUUUUUUGUCAGUUUUCGUGUUUUGAAUUAUGCAUCCGUAGCGCAACUUAAAAAUAUGGAGCACACCGAACCACCGUCUGUUCUUUGUCAAAACGACAAAGAACAAGACGAGAUCACAAAACUUGUCGAAAUCGAAAAACAGAAAAUCCAGGACGAAUUCAACGUCCAAAGGGCCAAAAUGAAAGAACUGUUCUUGCAGAAAGAAGCUGAACUUCUUCGACAAACUGAAGAAAAUAAUAAUUUAAAGCAACAAAUAAACAAUCUUAAACGCGAACUGGAUGAUGUCAAAAGCCAAUUAAUAGUCGAUAGUAUGACCAGAGAAUCAAAUUUUGAAGUUGAAAAAAGGAAAGCUGAUGAAGAAAUUGCAUCCCUUCAGCGUGUUGUUCAUGAAACUGUUGAAGAAUCAAGUUCAACUAGAAUACUAUAUGAUAAUGAACUGAGAAAGUUGCAGUAUUAUAUUCAGCAAUUGCACGCCGAAAUUGCUGAGUUGAAGACGCAAAAACAACAGUCUCCUCAUCAUACUUCACAAGAGCACAGCAGCUUGGCACCCAGUGUCGUAUUGAAUGCGCUCACCAAAGGCAUCGUGAAGAAGUUGGGCGCUGAUAGCUUCUCAUCACAGGACGAAAACUCUCAAAAGGGAGACGAUGUGGAGGAUUUGCGAUCGCUGGUCGAACCGCUGGAAGAUCAAAUCAAGGCGCUUAAAGAGAAACUACGUCACACCGACGAGCAACUUCAGAAAUGCCGAGAAUGCGGACACAUUACCGACGACAAGCUUGUGGGGCAGACCACUACGUCUACGAACACGUCGUUCGAUUCUAAGCCAGCGAGCACUUGCGACAUGUGCAGCAACUAUGAGGCCCAACUAGUGAAGGAACAACAACAAGCGCAAGAGCUUGAGAAUCGUGUCUUGCGAUCGGAAAAAACCGCAGAACGUCACAAGGAAGAUUUGCUGAAGGAGAUCGGCUUCCGAAAGGAAAUGGAGGAAAAAUGGAACGAGAAAAAGGAAGAGCACAAGUUGCAAGUGGCAGAAUUGACAAGGAGCACCGAAUGCGCGGAACAAGAUUUAAAGGAACUAAGGCAGUUCUUUAACGCGUCGGUUUCGGAGUUGCAACAAAAUAUCGCUAAGUUGGGCAUGGAAAGAGAACAGAUCUACGAGGAGUUGAACAAGUUACAAGAAGAAAACGAUAUGUUGACGGGAAAAUACACGGUUCAUUCGGAAAUUUUGCAGAGCGAAGCUAUAAAUCUUCCCGAUACUGUUGAGGAAUUACACGAAUUGAUUUUGAGAAACCACCAGGAACUAAUCAAGGAAAAAAUUGGUAAAGAGGCGGCGGAAAGUAAAUUAAGUUCGCUGCAAAGCGAACACGUGCUACUUAAGACGCAAAUCGAAGGUGAUAGGCAUGAAUGGAAAAGCGUGGAGGAUAAUAUUACUCUUGAAAACAUGCAAAUUAAGAAACAAAAAAGGGCACUUGAAAAGGAUUGUGAACGAUUGAGAAAUGCUGACAAAGCUCAACAAGCAAAAAUCAAUGAGUUAUCCGAACAAAUUACUGAUCUUACGGCAACUAUCAAAACGUUGGAGAGUCAAAACAACGAACUAAAAACUAGAGCUCAUUCACUGCAGAAAGAAUUGGACACCACGGAAACGGUGCAAAAAGAUUUCGUCAGACUUUCACAAAGUCUACAGAUGCAAUUGGAGAAAAUUCGAGAGUCUGACACGGUGGUUCGAUGGCAACACGAAGAAGACGUGGACGAAUGUCCGUCCUGCAAGAACAUAUUGGGAGGCGGUUCGAGAAAGAAGACUCACUGUCGACACUGCGGUCAAAUAUUUUGUUUGGCGUGCUUGUCGAGAACGGUGCCGAGCGGUCCGAAUCAGCGUCCGUCAAAGGUCUGUGAUGUAUGCUACACCCUACUAGUCAAAUCGUCUGCCCCGUAUUUCAGCGAAGCCCCGCCAAUGACUUGAAUAUAUUUGCUAGGCUGUUUGAUUAUAUUCCUUUAAUAAUUAUAUGGAUAUUUAAAAGUUAUAAAUAAAAAUGUUUCGUCUUU